CGCGCAGCUUGAGACGGGAAAGGCUGGCUGAUGAGAGGCAUUGUGUCAUCCGUUGAGCAUUCACAGUGGUCUGAUUCCACAAUCCUGUCACUCCACCGAACUGGAUAGCCAGGCGGCAUGCAGUUCCUUCUGGAUGACACUCCAGCCGAACAACACCCCUCUUCCGUUCCCGCGGAAAAACUCUUCCACAACCUUGAGGGCACAGCUCCCGGAUAUGACCCUUUUUACCAACACGGGUCAUCCUGAUUCUUUACCACCUCUGAGGACAUACUGUCGUUCUCUUUGCCUCCAUAAAUCUCCAUCCUGAGAUAAAGUACAAGACUCCAAGUGAAAACCAGGAGGAUCCUUCAGAUCUUUGCCGAAAAGCACAAGUUCUCUUUUCACAAAAGCCACUUCCGGCAGGCGCUGCGCUGCUGGGGGUUAGGGCGAGGAUGGCGGCAGAGAACGAGGCUAGCCAGGAGAGCGCUCUAGGCGCCUACUCGCCAGUGGACUACAUGAGCAUCACCAGCUUCCCGCGGCUGCCCGAGGAUGAGCCAGCGCCUGCGGCCCCGCUGAGGGGCCGCAAAGACGAGGACGCCUUCCUGGGAGACCCGGAUACCGACCCGGACUCCUUCCUGAAGUCCGCCCGGCUACAGCGCCUGCCUUCCUCAUCCUCCGAGAUGGGCAGCCAGGACGGGUCACCACUACGGGAGACACGCAAGGACCCAUUCUCUGCUGCGGCCGCCGAGUGCUCCUGCCGCCAGGACGGGCUCACGGUCAUCGUCACCGCCUGCCUCACUUUCGCCACGGGUGUCACCGUGGCGCUGGUCAUGCAGAUCUACUUCGGGGAUCCCCAGAUUUUCCAGCAGGGUGCUGUGGUGACGGAUGCCUCCCGUUGCACGGCGCUGGGCAUGGAGGUGCUCAGUAAACAGGGCUCGUCCGUGGAUGCAGCUGUGGCGGCGGCCUUGUGUUUGGGGAUUGUGGCUCCACACAGUUCUGGCCUGGGCGGUGGGGGUGUGAUGCUGGUACACGAUAUCCGGCGAAACGAGAGCCACCUAAUUGAUUUCCGGGAGUCCGCACCAGGGGCCCUCAGGGAAGAGGCUCUGCAGAGAUCCUGGGAUACCAAGGAUUCUCCUUCCCAGGAACCCCCCUUUCCCCAGGACCCCUCCUCCUCCCCCCAGGACAUCCUCCACCCCCUGCUCUCCGGCCCCCUCAGGCUGCCCUGGUCCCAAGUCCUGGCCUUCGCAGCAGCUGUGGCCCAAGAUGGCUUCAACGUGACUCAUGAUCUAGCCCAUGCCUUGGCUGAGCAGCUGCCUCCCAAUGCCUCUGACCGCUUCCUGGAGACUUUCCUGCCGUUGGGCCACCCGCCUUUGCCUGGCUCCCUGCUGCGACGGCCCGAUCUAGCUGAGGUGCUGGAUAUACUCGGCCUCUCUGGUCCAGCCGCCUUCUACAAUGGUGGCAACCUCACACUGGAGAUGGUGGCCGAGGCUCAGCAUGCGGGGGGUGUCAUAACUGAAGAGGACUUCAGCAACUAUAGCACACUCAUGGAGAAGCCUGUGUGUGGAGUGUACAGAGGCCACCUGGUUCUCAGUCCCCCACCCCCACACACAGGCCCAGCCCUCAUCAGUGCUCUCAACAUCCUAGAGGGCUUCAACCUUACCAGCCUGGUAUCCCGUGAGCAGGCACUUCACUGGGUAGCAGAGACCCUGAAGAUUGCAUUGGCCCUGGCUAGCAGACUGGGAGAUCCUGUCUAUGACUCUACCAUCACUGAGAGCAUGGAGGACAUGCUCAGCAAGGUGGAGGCUGCCAACUUCCGGGGCCAUAUCAGUGACUCUCAGGCAGCCCCUGCCCCUCUCCUGCCUGUCUAUGAGCUGGAUGGGGCUCCCACAGCUGCCCAGGUGCUGGUCAUGGGCCCUGAUGACUUCAUUGUGGCCAUGGUCAGCUCCCUGAACCGGCCUUUUGGAAGUGGCCUCCUCACUCCCUCUGGGAUCCUUCUCAACAGCCAGAUGCUAGACUUCUCCUGGCCCAACAGGACUGCUAACCACUCCGCACCUAGCCUGGAGAACUCGGUACAGCCAGGGAAGCGGCCCCUCUCUUUCCUGCUUCCCACUGUGGUCCGACCAGCAGAAGGACUCUGUGGGACCUACCUCGCUCUGGGGGCCAACGGAGCUGCCCGAGGCCUCAGUGGCCUGACCCAGGUUCUACUGAAUGUCCUGACCCUGAACCGGAACCUGAGUGACAGUCUGGCCCGAGGCCGCCUCCACCCAGACCUGCAGUCCAACCUCCUGCAGGUGGACAGUGAGUUCACUGAGGAAGAGAUCGAGUUCCUGGAGGCCAGGGGUCACCAUGUGGAGAAGGUAGAUGUCUUAUCCUGGGUCCAUGGCAGUCGGAGAACCAACAACUUCAUCAUCGGUGUGAAGGACCCUCGGAGCCCAGAUGCAGCUGGAGCCACCAUCCUGUAGAGCAUUGGGGUGGGCGGGAUCUCUGCUCCCCGCCUUUGCAUGUUCCCAGAGUCCCUCUUUCUCCCAGGUUUGGUCUCAGGGGGACCCCAUGGAUGCCUCAGAUCAGGGGCCAGAGGGGAUGCUCAGCAAACCCUGUAACUGGAAAAUUCUCCAACUGGAGGCCUUUGGUGGUAAUGGUGACGUCAGUGCCCAUGACCAGGCAGGCAGGACCUUGAGGAGUCAGAUUGUCUGUCUGUCUCUUCUCCUCUCAGCCAUGCUGUCCUUGAGCUUAGGGAUGUGCUUGCAAACCCUUCUCAAGGGUCUCACAACCCCACACCUUCAGACUGGUCUGACCUAGGCCCUGUCUUCCAGCUCUCUGUUCCUGUACCUGGCCCCAUUUCUUAAGUGACUAGGAUUUUAUUUUUAAAUUGGCCAUGAUAGGGAGAGGCAAUCCUCCCCUUCCACCAGGUUGAGGCAGGGGCCUCACAUUUGAAGGUCCUCAGGCAGACGGGUGGGGGUGGGUAUCAGCUCAGGGGCUUCCAUUUGCAAAGGGGAAUUAAAGAAAGAAUGUUGCUUAACCACGA